CUCAUUGCAGCACCAAAUCAGAGUUUCCCCCAAAGAACAAAACGAAAAUAGCAAAGCUUCGUGGAAACCAUCCGGCCAUUGCUGACAACCAUGGUGCAGAGAUGGUGCGCCAAGCUUCAGUCUCUGGCCCUUCGAUCGGCCAAGACUCUUCCUUCUCGCUCUUCUUCUACUUCACGUCGCCUCAUCCACACUUUCCCACAGCUCCACCAACCCCUCCAUUUUGCUUCGAGUAGAUGGAGCUGCAGGCCCCUCCUCAUUGCCUCUUCAACAGCCCAUUCUUCACUGGCUUUGCAGCCAUUUCUCUCCCCACGUCCUCCAUCUGUAGUUCAAGUGCGGCAUGUUUCGUCGAGAGAGCGGAAGAAGAGGAGAAAGCCAAUGACACCGGUCACGUCCAAGUUAAAGAAAACCAAAAUGAAGUUUUAUUCGUCUUACAAGUCCAGGUUUAGGACAAUGAAUGAUGGGAAUAUUCGGCGCUGGAAGGAGGGAAAGCGGCACAAUGCCCAUUUGAAGUCAAAGAAGUCAAAACGCAGACUCAGACAACCUGGCAUAGUCCCUCUAGCUUAUGCCAAAGUGAUGAAGAAGCUCGGUUUUUGUAGUUAAAACAUCGGGAGUCCACUGUAGGUGCUGCCAAUUCCUGGAAUGAAAGAGGGAAAGGUUCUCCUCUGGCCUUCUGCAUUUUGGUGCUUUCUUUCUGAUGUUUGCAUUUAAGAGUCCCUAGAAGAAGAAGCAAGUUGUAGAGAAUUGAUAAAUUCAAGUUGAGCUGUGUCUUAUCAAAAUGAUACUCUUAAUAAAACACCCAUAGAUUUUUGAGAUU